AGCCGUCCAAUCCUAUUUCACAAUUAUCUAGUUUGUGAUAUAAACCGUUUGAUGUCACAUUAACAUCACCAAUUUUCUGUAUUCACAACCACUCCUCUUUUGCUUCGAUUCAAGAUUCAUCAAUGGCUCUUCUGAGAAUUCAACACAUUCCCAUGUUCUUCACUGUCUCACCCAUCACCAACAACACCAAACUCAAAACUCAAAUCUCAUGCUCCAACAAAAACAACAACGAGGUAUCACUGGCAUCAGAGUUUGCGGAGAAAGUAUCAAUUAUGAACGCACGUGCGGCCCAAGCAGAACAAGUCAUGACAAAGAGCAGAAAGAUUCUCUUCAAAGAAUUCUGCCACUACCUUCACCUCAAUGAACAAGAAGCUAAACAAAAAUGGAACAACAUAGAUGAAGAUGAGAAACGGGUUUUGAUUCAUGGCUUUGUUGGAGAAUUGAGUGAAUUUUUUCAACCUUUGUCUGCAAAAUAUACCAAAGAAUUGGUUGAAGAAUAUUUGCUCAAAGAGAAUCUUCCACUUAAAUCUCCUCCUCCUCCUCCUCCUCCUUUGUUUCCCUUUGAUAGCAUAAUUGGUUUUCCAUAGUUUUAUUUUCUUUCUGUAACAAUUUGUUUGAGGAGACAUGUUUUGUUUUGGUUAAUUAGUUCUUUUUUCUUUUCUGUUGUAACAGUACUAUUUAAAUUUAAAUGGAACUAAAGAAAAUAAUGUGUUACCAAACACAAUUGAAUUGUUA